AUGUCUCUUCUUCUUGGUAAUGCUAGCACUCUUGGAGAUAGUGAGUACCUCGCACAAGGGAAGGUGGAGCGGAUAGGAGUCGUGCUCGUCAAUGGUGAUGGCACUGAGUUAACAUCGAGUCGGACAUCUAGUGAUAGACUGGUGUACCUCUAUAUCUGCCUAUGGUAUGUUUGUCGUAGAUUGAAGAAGUUCCUUGGCCUUGGGACAGCUGGGCCCCUCGCCUAUCGCCGAUGGUUCGCCAGUCGAGCUCUCGGGCCAGCACUCAAACCUGAGAAGCCCAAACCGUUGUUAUUGGACCGGACUACUAGCUUGCCACCUCUUGAGUGUCCUGUCCCAUGGAACUACAUCUACCGAGAGGACGAUGUGAUGGAGAUACGUAAAGCCCUCGAGGCCACAGAUGGUGAGGCAUACGGAGUCUAUGGUCCAACAGGGGUAGGCAAGACUACUGUACUUGAGAAGGCUAUGGAGGAGUCUCGAUAUAGGUGCAUAGUCGUAGACAUGCAGCGGUAUUCCCACUACAAUUUGGAUGUUUUUAUAGAUGAGCUCAACAGGACUGAUGUACUCUCUGGCCGUGAUCCUCUAGCCAUCGCUUCUUAUUGUCAGUCAAUGGAGCUCCCUUUAGUAGUACUCCACGCCGAUCUACUCCGAAGAUCCCGAUGGCUCAAUUCUUCGGGCCGUGGAGAGGGCUUUCUUCGAGACCUCCGAGUAGCUUUACAGGAGAAGGGUGUCCCUCUAGUGAUGGAGUCGGACUAUCUUACGGAGUCGGAGUACUGUGACCAAUCCCUCGUCGUUGAGGACCCUGAUGUCUCGCUCCUUGCCGAUCUAUAUGCCCAAUCGAUACCCUACUUUGACACCCUAUCCCCGAUCAUACUGGGUCGAUUGAGCCAUUGGAAGGAUGUAUGUGAAGGUGGCGAUCUAUCCUCAGCCAGCCGAGUGGCUAACAACCGGUGGAUGGCUUUCCUGGCGCAUCCUUAUAUCGUACAGCUCCGUGAUCAAGGGAGGCUGGACUACAUGUUCACAAUCAAUGAGACUAUACGUUAUUUGGUGCAAGUACUCGGUUCAGAGGGCGCUUCGUUGAAGUGUCAGGGCCCAUGGGAGGCCCUAGAGGAUAGCAAUAGGCUGCUCGGCAUCCUCGUCGAGUGCGGUGUACUCACUCUACUCCCCACGGGGGGCUCUGACUUUCAGCUGCUUAUGUCCUCAGGCGUAGCAUCUGGCAUCGACCACGGCUACGUAGUGUUAGUGAGGAGUUUCUGUACCAUACGUGUUGUGGCGAGGGAUAUAGGGCUCCACGGUGCUCGAUGGACACUCCCAGAGGCUGUUGUUAAUAGGAUAGCUGCUGGAGAGGUGGUGGCAAGGCCGGUGAAUGCUGUGAAGGAGCUAUUGGAGAAUAGCAUCGAUGCUGGCUCUACUAGGAUACAGGCAGGUUGCUGGCGUUAUAGGCAGCAGGCUGAUGACAUAUCAAUCAACCUGGCUACAGCAGUCUCAGACAAUGGGUGUGGCAUCCAAAGGGAGGAUCUACCUAUACUGUGCAAGCGCUUUACGACUUCUAAGUUGAGGUCAUUCGAUGACUUGCAGAGUAUCAUGACCCACGGCUUUCGUGGGGAGGCUUUGGCAUCUAUCUCCCACGUAGCAAGGCUAACAGUAACUACUAUGACCGAGGACUCACAAGUGGGGUAUAGGUGUGAGUAUAUGGAUGGGGAAGCUGUUGAUGAGGCUCAACCUACUGCUGCUACACCUGGGACCACCAUCCACUUCACUGAUCUCUUCUAUAAUCUCCCUACACGCAGACGUUCCCUCAUGAAUACCCAGUCAGAGGAGUAUGCUCGUAUCGUUGACUUAGUCUCGCGAUUCGCCGCAGAAUACUAUACGAUAGCCUUUACCUGUCGCAAUGCUCGCCAUGGGUCUGCUGAUAUAUCGAGUCCUGUGAGAGGCUUCCUCACUCAUGGUAACUCGGCUGCCUAUUAUAGAGGCUCUCAACGUCAUACUGUUUACUCUGGAGGUGAGCUUAUUAUUCACAGUGUGAGACCAACUAGUAGUGUUACUUCACUAGGCUCCACCGGUGGAUGGUGUACGAUAUUCAUCAACGGGAGGCUAGUUGAGUGUGCUCCAUUGCGGAAGGCUAUUGGGGAUAUUUAUUCGAGGUACCUCCCAAAAGGGCAGAAGCCUGGCGCAGUCCAUCUAUCCUUCAACCUACCUGGAGAGUGUGUAGAUGUGAACGUACAUCCAACCAAGAAGGACGUGACGAUAAGUCAUAUGGAGUCAUUGAUUGAGGGCCUUCAGACUCUAUUGGAUGCCACCUUGAAGGGCCAUCAUUACUCUAGAACUUAUAUCGCCCUCUUCCUCAUCCUCGUCAACCAGCAUGAUCAGUGCUGCACCUGUUAG